GAGCCACCAGCCGGACAGCGGUGUGUCACAAGCAGUAGCCAAGGAUUUGCCUGCCUUCCAAGUGCUCCUGCACGACCAGACAGAGCACGACAACGGACCGGCUGAGUGUAGAGUAAGGACCGCUCGCUCAGCAAGCGCAGACGGAGGAGUAGCCUCGUUGCAAGGGCUGCUCUCCUCUCACGCAUCAUGCCAGUCUAUUCGAGGCCAGAGACGGCCCUGCGUCGCGCAGAAGAGCUCAUCUCCGUCGGCCAACCGUCAGCGGCCUUGUCCACCUUGACAGAGAUGAUUGGCAGCAAAAGGUUCAGGCAGACCCCUCUUGCCUCCCUGGAGCCCAUCAUGGUCAAGUUCCUCGACCUCUGUGUCCAGCUCAAGAAGGGUCGCACCGCCAAGGAAGGCCUGCACACCUACAAGAACGUCGCCCAGAACACGUCGGUAGGCUCCGUCGAGGUCGUGAUGAACCGCUUCAUCGAACGCUCGAAGGCCAAGCUGCAAGAGGCGCUCGACAAGGUCGACGAGCUAGAAGGUCCUGCGCCAGAGAACGCUGCGCCUGCGAGCGAGCAGACCGGCAAAAGCCAGACGACCGCGACCGCUCACGCAGAGCCAGGCACCGUCAAAGCUGCCAUCUCGGAGGAUGUAGAGGAUCUCGAAGCAUCCGAGACGCCCGAGGGACUCCUCCUCAGCGCAGUCAGCGAGGAGAGCUCUCGCGACCGCACCUACCGAACCCUCGUCACCCCCUGGCUAAGAUUCCUCUGGGAGGCCUACCGCACCUCGCUCGACAUCCUCAGGAACAAUGCCCGUCUCGAAGUCGGCUAUCAGAAUAUCGCGUCAGAGGCCUACAAGUUCUGCCUACAGCACGGACGAAAGACCGAGUUUCGUAGGUUGUGCGACAACAUCAAGAACCAUCUCGCGACCUCGCAAUCACCGAAGGCGCAGGCUCAAAACAACUCGAUCAACCUCAAUGAAGCAGAGACUCUGACGCGCUUUUUCGAGACUCGCUUCCAGCAACUUGGCGCCGCCGUUGAGCUCGAGCUCUGGCAAGAAGCUUUCCGAACGGCCGAGGAGAUCCACAAGCUCAUUGCUAUGAGCAAGCGCGCACCGAAAGCUCAUAUGAUGGCUACCUUCUACGACCGUAUGGUCAAAGUCUUUGGCGUCGGCGAAAACUAUCUCUUCCAUGCUGCGGCCUAUGGCAAAUUGUACUCGAUUUACCAGGCGCCCAAGUCAGAAGACGAAGCGACUGCUGCCGCUUCUGCCGAAUCGCUCGCAAGUCUCGUCCUACUCAGCGCGCUCGCCGUGCCCAUCAGUGGCGGUCUUGCGGCUGCAAGGCGCAAAGAUCUCGGUUCAGAGGACGGAGAAGCGGCACGAGGCAAAGUGCUCCAGCUUGUCAAUCUUCUCGGACUCAGCGUUGCGCCCGCUCGCGCCACUCUGAUCAGAGACGCUCUUGCUCGUGGUGCACUCAAGCGAGCCUCGUCCGAGAUCCAAGAACUCUAUGCAAUCCUCGAGACAGACUUCCAACCCCUGCUCAUCACGCGCAAGAUCGGGCCUCUUCUCGCAAAGCUCGCUGCCAACCCGGAUUAUACGCGCUACGUCGACCCGCUCAAAGAAGUCGUCCUCGCUCGACUCUUCCAGCAGCUCGCUCAGGUCUACGAUACCAUCAAGCUAUCUCGCGCCGUCAAGCUUGCUUCUUUCGCAAAGGAUGAAGAUGCGGCACUGGUCAGCUUGCGAUUGGAGCGCUUUGUCACCGCUGCUUGUCGCAGAGGCGAACUUGACGUCACGCUCGAUCACUCAUCCGGUCUCAUCAAGUUCGAUCAAGAUCUCUUCGGUUCCUUCGCAGGCAACGAGGCUGCUUCGCUCAAGUCGCACAGCCUUGAUGUCUUGCAGCCGAUGCCGUCCAUUUUGCUUCGAACGAACCUGAGCAGACUCGCUCAGGGUCUCUAUGCUACGCUGGAUCACGUCGCUCCUGCCGAGUCGAGCCUGACUCAUGCCGUUGCCCGACGCGAAGCUGCAUUGGCGGCAUUAGCUCAACAGGUCCCCCUUGAGCGUCAAGCUUAUCUCGACAGACAGCGCGUCAUUGCCCGUCGCAAAGAGCUUCAUUCCGAGAACGAGGCUCGCAAGAAGGAGGAAGAGCAACAUCAGCGAGCGAUCCGUACGCAGCUUCAGGCAGACGAAGCACAACGAAGAGAGCGAGAAGAUCUACAGAAGCGCGAGCUCGAGAAGCUGCGUAAAUUGCAAGAGCAAAACAGACUUGAGGAAGUCAAGAAGCUCGCUGAGAGCAUGGCCGGUCGUCCCGGUCUCAAGGUCGAUCUGACCAACCUCGAAAGCCUCGACAAAGAUCGUCUGCUGCAAAUGUCAGUCCAGCAGAUCGAGAAGGACAAAAAGGAGAUGGCCGAGAAGCUCAGAAUCGUCGCGAAACGUAUGGAUCAUAUCGAACGCGCUUACCGACAGGAAGAGCAGCCGCUGCUGUCUCAAGAUUACGAGAGACAACAAACGAGAGAUCGAGAGGCGCACGAAUACGCGCGCACCAUGCUCAUCGCUAACUUGAAAUCCAGCCAUACGCAAGAUCUCGCUCUGAAUAAACGCUUGCGAACUGUGCUGUCCGACUAUGAAAGCUUCAAAACUAACGCGGAGAAAGAUAGUCGCGAGCAGCAUGAAAAGAAGCUUGCCGACGCCAAGAUUAAGAUCGAUAAAGAGAAGGCGAAGAGGCGCGCAACCGUCUUGGCAGCACGCGCUGCAGAACAAGCCGAGCGCGAGCGCAAGGAGCGCGAGGCCCGCGAACAAGAAGAACGCGAAGAGGCCGAACGUCUCGGCAUGUCUCCGUUCCUAGAUCUUGCCCUGAAUGCGCUGACGAAACAUAUUGCAGAGAAAGAACGCCUUGCGGCAGAGAAAGAAGCUGCAGCCGAGGCAGAACGCAAGAAGGUUGCGGACGAAAAGGCGAAGCUGGACGCAGAGAUUGCUUUGCGCAAGGCAGAACGGGAGGAGCAACGAGCAAAGGACGCUGCACUGCUCAAGCAGAGGCAGCAGCGCGAGGAAGAGGCCGAGAGACGGCGACUCGAAAAGAACAAACCCAGCUCAGGACAGCCCAUGCGCAUCGCCUCUCGUACGGAAUCGCCAGCAGGUGGCGAGGGAGCAGCGUGGCGAAGCGCAUCUGCUACUGGUGGCCCACCCGCUCGCAGCUUCACCCCACCUGUUCGCAGCCAGGCGUCGACGCCCAGCACGAGCGCUGGCGGCCGACCCCGCAUCGUGCUCGCUCCUCGAACCGUCUCGAGUAGCGAUACACCCAAGCCUACAGUCAAUGGCAAUGCUCCGGCUAAACCAGCGACUGGCACAGAUGCUCCUCGACAGGCUUACAGACCUCCAGGUGCUCGCUGAACUCUUGUAGAAGCAUAUUGCAUUGCAGUCCAUUGUCAAGCUCCUACUCCUGCAUGGAUGAGCGUUCGCCUACCCUGGUCCAGACGGACGUUUCCAUCGCGUCCACAAAGCGGACCUGACUCGCUGACAGAGGCGAUGGGCCGACGGAGCUCUGCGGUGUCGCAGUAGGUAGGCCGCCGUCUUGACUACGCAUCGCAGCAUCAAGAUCGAGCGUGAGCCGAGGCGUCCGACGCGGUGA